AUGGCUUCUCUUCCGCUUCUCCACCACCUCAUCCCAUCUCUUCCCCUUCCAACAUCACACACCACCUUCAACAACACAUCAACCACAACUCUCUUCUUCUUUUCCAAAAACAAACCUUCCCUAACCCUCAAAUGCUCUUCCACCUCAAAACUGGACCAAGAACAAGAACAAGAAACAAUUGAGUUCGAAGCUCCCUUGAGCCAAGUGUGGAGGGAAAUCCAAGGCAUGAACGAUUGGAAAGGGUUGAUAGAGCCAACCAUGAACCCUCACCUCCGAAGAGAAAUAAUCCGGUACGGCGAACUCGCACAAGCAUGCUACGACUCCUUCGACUUCGACCCUCACUCCAAGUACUGUGGAACAUGCAAGUACCACCCUUCACACUUCUUCCACAAACUCAACUUGUCCCACUCCGGCUACUCCAUCACCCGCUACCUCUACGCCACCUCCAACAUCAACCUCCCCAACUUCUUCCAGAACUCCAACCUCGCCUCCGUCUGGAGCCCACACGCCAACUGGAUGGGCUACGUCGCAGUCAUCACCGACAAGGAACACGUCAAACGCCUCGGACGCCGCGACAUCCUCAUUGCAUGGCGCGGAACAGUAACCUACCUCGAAUGGAUCCACGACCUCAAAGACAUUCUCCGCCCCGCGUUCUUCUCCAACGACCAAACCAUCAAGGUUAAACGUCUUCUUAACUACUACAAAGACGAAGAGGUUAGCAUCACCAUCACCGGGCACAGUCUCGGCGCUGCCUUGGCCGCUCUGAGCGCCUACGACAUAGCUGAGGUGAGGCUAAACGUGGUUGACAACAGUGAACGUGUUCCAGUGACCGUGUUUUCGUUUGCAGGGCCUAGAGUUGGGAAUUUGAAGUUUAAAGAGCGGUGUGAGGAGCUUGGGGUGAAGGUGUUGAGAGUGGUGAAUGUGCACGAUGUGGUGCCCACCGUGCCGGGGAUAAUAACAAACGAGAAGUUUUUGUUUCAGAAGUACAUAGAGGAUGCUUUGUCGUUUCCAUGGAGUUAUGCGCACGUGGGAACGGAGAUUGCGUUGGAUCAUAAGGAGAGUCCGUUUGUGAAGGGGAACAAGGAUCUGGUGAGUGCGCAUAACUUGGAGGUGCACCUGCACUUGGUGGAUGGGUACCAUGGGAAGGGGAAGAGAUUCUCUUUGGCGUCCAAGAGAGACAUAGCACUGGUGAACAAGAGCUGUGAUUUUCUGAGGAGUGAGUACGGUGUUCCGCCGCAUUGGCGGCAGGAUGAGAACAAGGGAAUGGUGAGGGACGGAGAUGGGCGGUGGAUUCUUCCUGAGCGUCCUAGAUUGGAGGCUCAUCCGCCAGACAUGGCUCACCAUCUCCAGCAAGUGAUAGACAACCACCUUCCAUGUCAGCCGCAACAAGAAGAAAUCAUGUAA